GGACGAGUCUGCGCAGGUAGUCGACUCAACUGCCGUUGGGAGUAAAAAAAAACUAUUUUUCUUUUUGACGAGCACACAGCGACGGAAGGAAGUGACUCUUAUAUGGACGCGGUGGCGACUUUUGUCUCUUGUUUUUAACCAAUAAAUAAUGCGCCGCGUCAGACUUUUGCUGAAGAAACGUGUCAACAAGACAACACUUGCUGUUUGUGACUUUCGCUGAACGUUUCCUGAUUCGUCUGCUCGGCGUCGAGGCCAGAGCCCCAACCUCUCCUCUUCAUACCCACCUGCUGCUGCCGCUGCUGCUGCUGCUGCUCCCCCCACACACAGGUGUCCUCCAGGCGGGUGUUGGAAGUCUUCUUCACCAUUAUGUUCCACUUUUCAUUAUAGGUGCACGCAUCACCAUGUCGCUUUAUGUGUUCUUCCUACUCCUUCAUCUGCUGUCAUGUGGAGACUCAGCCUGCACCAGGACCUUACUCUCCACACAGGAACAGGACCAAGAAGAAGUGUUUGUAGAAUCUGGGGACGCAAAUUCGUUCCUGGGUCGUCAUCUGCUGUUCAACCGGUUCGACUUUGAGAUUUUCGUUCCUGGAAACCUGGAGCGGGAGUGUCAUGAAGAAGUGUGCAACUACGAGGAGGCCAGGGAAGUGUUUGAGAACAUCCCUGCUACAGAUGAUUUUUGGGAGAAGUACAACGCAGAAAAGCGUCCCUCGCGAGUUGAUGUGACGUCUCUCUUGGUGGGGCUCAUUGUCGCCGGGGUGGCCAUCGUCGUAGUGGGCCUCCUGCUCUGGUAUUUCUGUCAAGGCAAAUGCAAGGGCCGUGCAAGUUCUGUCCGGGUCCGCCGGAGGAGGAGUAAUGCCACUUUGAUAAUGCGGCGGUUAGAGGAGGUGUCCUUACAGCCUGUGCAUCCGCCGGCCUGCCCACCCCUUGAGGUGGAAGUCGAUCUCCCAGGACUGCCUACCUAUGAGCAGGCCGUCGCCAAAAGUGGACAGCAUGACGCCCCACCUCCUCCCUAUCCUGGCUCACGGCCUGGAAGUAUUCGCCGAUAGCGCCUCCAGGAUUCAGAAGCAUAUAGAAGCACGUCGCUCUACCUGUUGUGUACCAUUUUUUAUGACAAGUUUCAAAUGCCUUAUGUUAAUUGCUCUGUUUGAAAGGUCUCUUUUUCAUCUUACACAUACACGCCACCGAUCAUUUCUGGUCUGUUGGUGGAUUUUUAGCUGGUGUGUGCCAGCCCAUAUACAAUUUUCUCUGCUAUGGCUACAUCCAUAUUACUCCAUUUUCACUUCAAAAUUGCAUACAUUAUUACUAAGAUAUGCCGUCAUUUACACUACUCAUGUGUUUUCAUUUGAAAAGUCCUGGGCUGUGAUUUAGUCUUGACAGGCAGAAACGGAGACCUUUAGAGACCAUGACGCGGUCACAUGCGUUCACUUCCUGAUUGAUUCUUAUCAGCUGUGAACAAAAAUCUCUCACUUUCAGUUUCACCUUGUCACUGUUUUUUAGUUGUGGUUUCUCAAACAACUGCAAAGAGUAGAAUCAGCUUCCUGUUUACAUUGGCACACGCAUGCCCAGUGUACCUUAAAUGGUCACAUGACAUACGUUUUGGGCUCUUUCUCUUUUUGUUUUUUCAAAUGAAAAUCUAGUAUGAAUGUAAUCUGUGUUUAUUAAUUUAACUUCCACCCUAUGAUGAACAAGAUUUAUAAUACAUUUGCUGCUUUCUUUUCUUUUUUUAUCAUAAUGUACAUGAAGAAUCAAUAAUGUGUUGGACACAAGAGCUAUAAUUUGAGGGAGUAUGUAUUCUCUUAAACAGUUGUUGAUAUACAGCAUGUAUUAUGUUGCUCAGUGACAGGCAGGGAUCGUGUUUCAAUACUGUAAGUAUUAACGGUAAUCACUGAGACAGACUGAUGGUCUGCUGUCUCUUUUUGAAGGAACAUUAUACCAACAAAACUGAUUUCACUUGUAUGAUUUUGUCGUCAAGGAAAUGCUGAAGAGUAAAACAUACAGUAAAUGUUUUUGGUGCACUGGUCCACCAGCUUUUUUUAAAAAUUAUUAUUAGUAGUAUUGUUAUUAUUUUAAAAUGGACUUUAAAAAAUGGUUGUGUAUUGAAAUGUGCUGAUUUUCUUGAUGUUUUAUAAUGAUAAAGCGUUUUGGGGAAAAUGUGUGUAUCACCAAAUAAUGCUCUGACAGUGCUCUGCUAAUAUGUGAAGUCAUUUUUACUUUUGUUAUCUGCAUUGCGGUCAAUUAUUAAAUGCACUUUCAACAAAACUCAA